CCCUCCACCCCAAACCCCCCCGAUUUCUUACCCCCCUGCCCGACCCCAAAAUCCGGUCCCCCACCCACUGGUGGCGCCCUCCUCAGUAGAGAAUCUGCAGAUCUCCUUCUCUAUCUUCUCUCUCUCUCUCUCUCUCUCUCUCUCUCUCUCUCUCUGUGUUUGUGUGGAAGCAGAGCAGAAACCACAACAGCAAUCCAAUCUUCUCAACUCUCAAAUCAAACUCAGGUAUGUACUUCUAAUAACUGCUUUAACUUGUUAUGUUCUAAUUGAAUCCAAAAACCAAAAUACAUAUUCUAGGAACUUUCCGACUUGAUUCCGUCUUUGUCUGACCUCCGAUCGCCCUGAUUCUUAAACCAAAGCGUUCGUCUCAUUCCCUUCUACCUAUCCCGACCAAGACCCAGCCCAGACAGUGGCUGUGCAAGGCGAAUACUUGAUCGAAAGUCAAUACUUUGCCACAGUUCCCGUUCCUGUUUGAGCAGCUUUCCUGCCGUUUACGGCCACCGUUCGUUGGGUUUCGUUGCUCUCCUUGCAAGGAACAUUUUUCGUGCUGACGCCAUCUCCAUUGUAUUACCGUGGAAGCCGGAUCGACACCGUGAAGAUCGGCCCUCGAGCCGCGACUUUCCGACGGCUUUUCCGGUCGCUUCCAGUAAUUUUUUAGAUAUGGAACCUGAACCUAUUGUACCAACUAUUACGGGACAUGCCGACUCAUCCAGACUUGUUGAGUUGGUCAGGGAACUGAGAGAACUGGGUGCAAAACCUUUUUAUGGAACUAGGAGCUACAUGAGAGCUGAUGAGUGGUUUGGUAAUAUAGAGAACUUGUUCGAAAUAAUGGAGUGCUCUGAGGUUGAAAAGAAAGAGUUGGCUGUUUUUCUCUUGCAAGGGAAAGCUCGAUAUUGGUGGGCUGAAGUUAAGAGAGCUGAAGACGUAUCACUGAUGGACUGGGAAGGGUUCAAGACGGUUUUCUAUGCCAAGUAUUUUCCUGGGAAAGAUAGGCUGGAGGCUUCUUUCUUGAGUCUUGAGCAGGGCUCUAUGUCUGUGGGUGACUAUGAGGCUAAAUUUUCGAGGUUGCUUCAUUUCGCACAACCAAUGACUGAGGUGCAGAAAGCACGAAAGUUUGAGUUGGGAUUGGUUGAUGACAUUAGAAGCUCAGUGGUUAACUUGAGACUCCAAACCUUGACUGAAGUGGUAGACUGUGCCAUCGCAGUUGAGAGGACUAUUGAGCUGUACAUACAACACCAAAACAGACAAAGAGAUUACAGAGGAAAAGGGAAGGCGUUAGCUCAAUGUAUGUGUGCCUCAGGUGAACAUGGUGGAACUGGAAAGAGGCAGAGAACGGGGAAUCAAAAAGAAGGCCGAGCAGCUAUGCAUGCUCAACAGACAAGAACAAGUGAGUGUUACAACUGUAGUGAGGUCGGACAUUUGUGUAGGGAUUGUCCAAAACCGAAGGCCCACUGUUGUUUCAAAUGCAAGCAGCCGGGGCAUUUGGCUAAACAUUGCACUCGGGGGUAGACUUGAGUGUUUGUUGGAUGGCAGAGGACAGACUGAAGUGGAAGUUAUGUAAAUCUUUUUGCUACCGUUAUAUAAGUGCUGUUUGAUACAUGAGGAUCAUGUUCAUUCAUAUCUCAGUUUUAUGUGCGAGUGUUUGAAUCAACUCUAUGGUGUUUUUGUGCUUGCGAAAGUGUGCUUGUAAAUCUUUUAGUAAAUUCGCUCUUGGAAA